GUGAGUGCAAAUUUCAGAUGUUGAGAUCUUCAGGGUCUCCACAUCCACUGUUGUGAGUACAGAUUUCAGUUGUUGAGAUCUUCAAGGUCUCCACAGCCACUUUAGUGAGUGCAGAUUUCAGUUGUUGAGAUCUUCAAGGUCUCCACAUCCACUGUUGUGAGUGCAGAUUUCAGAUGUUCAUAUCUUCAAGGUCUCCACAGCCACUAUUGUGAGUACAGAUUUCAGAUGUUGAGAUCUCCAAGGUCUCCACAGCCACUGUUGUGAGUGCAGAUUUCAGAUGUUCAUAUCUUCAAGGUCUCCACAGCCACUAUUGUGAGUACAGAUUUCAGAUGUUGAGAUCUCCAAGGUCUCCACAGCCACUUUAGUGAGUGCAGAUUUCAGAUGUUGUGGUUUUCAAAGUCUCCACAUGCACUAUUUUGAGUACAUAUUUAAGGUGGGGGUCUUGAAGGAUCCCACAGCCACUUUAGUGAGUAAAGGUUUCAGUUGUUGAACUCUUUAAGGUCUCCACAGCCACUUUAGUGAGUACAGAUUUCAGAUGUUGUGGUCUUCAAGGACUCCACAGCCACUAUUGUGAGUACAUAUUUAAGAUGGUGGGAUCUUCAAGGACCCCACAGCCACUUUAGUGAGUACAGAUCUCAGAUGUUUGUUUUUUUCAAAAAGGUGCUAUGGGUACAGUUUUCUACAUUAUUUUUUCAAAACAAUGAAUAAGAUCAAGCUGCAUGAAUUAUUUUUGAAUCUUACACUGAGUCACACUUUCUAUGUAAAAGACACUUUGAGCCCAAGCAUGUUUGUCAUAUCUGAGUGUGUCUCAUUUUGUUUUACACUUUACCUUAAUGCACUUGAUGAAAUUUCAUGGUUUAUUCAGGAAGCCAUGGGCAGUGGACUGGAUGAGCCAGGUUCAGGGGACAGUGAUAGGAACAGUGCCCGCAGUGACAUCAAGCUGCUUGCAAAGGAGACAUCAAGUCUCCGGGUGACGUCAGUUUCGAGUCUCAGGGAGAGCCACCCCAACAGACUGUACGAGGGGCAGGUGCUGGUUGGAGGGACUUUCCAUGACUGCUGUGUCCGCAUCACUCAUCUUGGGGAAGUAGAGUCAAAAUCCAAGGAAGUCUGGAGACGCCUUAUGAAUGAGACUGAGAUACAAAAGCUGUCAUGCUCACACUCAAAUGUUGUACAGCUCUUACAAACAUACCAAAACAGAAGUAUAUUCUGUGUGGCGUUUGAUGUGUGUAUGAGGAACAGUCUCCAGGACUACCUGCUGGCCAUGCCCUCUGGUCGUAAAGGCAACCGAGACAUUGUCGUUCCAUUGACCAAGAUAUGUGUGGACAUUGCUGCCGCACUCAGCCAUUUGCACAGUCUGCAUGUGUUACAUCGACAGUUGAGGCUCUGCCAUGUGUACCUGACUGCUGCAGGGCAGGCGAAAUUGGGGGACUUCUACUGGGCAAAGAUGGUCUCUGGUACUGACACCCAGACAUUAGAGGAAUUUGUGGUUGAGGGCGGAAAGACGCGGCUGGCCCCAGAGACCCUGCUGAACUCACAUUACACAGAUAAGACCGACAUAUGGGGUCUUGGCCUGAUAUGCUGGGAGGUGAUGUCACUGGGGAAGGCCCCGUAUGCAGGUCUAGAUGAGCAGACGUACAGACAGACAGUGCUGGAUGGAUCACGCCCACCCAUGUGUGCCUAUAUGCAUAUGUACAUGUAUCGUGUGCUGAAGAGCUGCUGGCAAUAUUACCCGGAUGACAGACCAAAUGCAGAGCAAGUGCUCAACCAGCUCCUGGAUGUUCAGGGAAGAGUGUCUGAAUCUGAAGAAACUGCCUUAGAACAAGAAAGGCGCCAUGGACAACCAUUGAACUCGAGACAGCCUGUGAUCCAGUCCUGUGAUGCUGUUAGACAGAAACGACCACAAGGGUCGGAUGAUGUUCGCCAUUAUAGUCCUGCUAGUAAAUCCACUAUUGAUGCUCACCAAAAACAGCUGCCAAAAUCAAAAGAAGAUGUGUCUGUAAUCCUAAACCCUAAAUUUGGUGCACGGUUUGCUAACAAACAGUUUCCCUUGUAUGAAAACCAACAUUCCAAUAAAGCCGAAGUCUGUGAUCAAGAUACAUUUUCCACCAAACAUACUGGUUUUUCCAGUGCAAAUCCUGGUGCUACAGGCAGACCAAGUGCUCGACCAAAGGCCUCCUACCAGGAGCUACAACAGAAGGAUCAGCGGAAGUCACCUGCCCAGCAAAACCCAACCACCCAUCAUCACCCAACCACCCAGACCCAGCAUCGCCAAACCUCCAAGACCCAGCAUCGCCCAAAUACCCAGACCCAGCAUCACCCAACUACUGAACAUCCACCAAGCACUGAGACGCAGCAUCACCAAACUACCCAACAUCAACCAACCACCCAGACCCAGCAUCACCCAACUGCUAAACAUCAGCCACAUGCUCAAUGGGGCCUGAUGCACAAUGAUCAGCAGAGGAAACAUGAACCCCUUGAGCGUCCUGGACAACUGUCAGCACACAAUAAGCAGAAGAAUGACAAACUUCAGGAUAAAUACACCAACCACUUCAGUAACCCUUCCGAUACAGGAGUUUUCCCAGCCAACUACUUGAUGAAUAACCCUGAAAGAAACCAUGAUUGCACAUCAUCCACCACUCCUCAGCAGGCAUUGAGGCCGGCUGAAAACGGUGUAAAGUUGGCAGACAGUGAAAUCCUUGAGACAGAAAUAUAAUGAAUCUCAAAAUGGCAGUUCCAUAUAUACUCAUUUCCGUAUCUAGACUAAAAUGGCAACUUAGCUGUCAAUUGUUUAUAUUUGUGGAGAAAGUUUAUUUGGGCUAUUUGCCAUACUUUAGUUAAUGCUUUUAUAUAUUAAUUAACCAUAGGUUGACUUCCAAUAAGCAGAGAUUUAUUGGGAACAUGUAGUACGAAAAUUAAAGAUCUGAGAGUAAUUUGCCUUGUAUAUUCUUGUACUCAUAUUGCAGCCAUAAACAAGUUUAUGUUUUAAUACAGUAAAACUGCAGUGGUUCAAACAAGCGUUCGUUUGAAAACCAGCGAUCAGUCGAGGUGAAAGCUUAGUCCUGAGCAUUAUUCCUUCUAUAUUCAUAUAAAUAUACUGACGCUGGAUCAAAACCUAAAUAAGUGAAGGAGUCGAGCACCAUUGCCGGUCCUGAAUACACAAAUCAUGCACAAAACCUUAUGGUUACCUCAAGGUCAUUAUUCCACACAAUUUUCCGAAUGCAUGUUCCAAAAAAACUAGCAAUUGGCAGGUUUUUAAGUUUUCACAAGUUGUAAAAAUUGCAAUGACAGAUGAAAGUGAAUUUGAAACGUGUGAAAAACCGAUUAAAACCGUUUAUAUUUGAUAAGGGCAUUUGAGAAGAUACUUGUGAAAAGUUAAUGAUGAGAAUUUAAUCAUAAUCUUAUGUUGUUUGUUUACAAAAUAAGUGUUCUUUGAAAAGAUAAACUUUGUUAUUAUCCUUUUAUAUUUUUUUCUUUUCCAUUAAGUAUACGACAGCUUUUGAGCAUGUGAGCAAUUUCCACAAUGCUAUAAAUAAAUAAUCGGUGCCGAAACUAACGACUUAAAAAAUAUAUUGAAAAACGUUUCAUAAUAGAUUAAAAUUGGUCUUUCGAAACAUCGGAUUACUAGAGGUUUUAGCUUGUUUCCCGGCGUCCUCGAGCAAUCGCAGUUUUACUGUAAAACUAUUUUAUUUUUUAACUGUAUCAUAUGACACACCAGCCUGUAUUGUCACUUGUGAUAUAAUUCUAUUACAUUUAGUACAGCUAUGAAGCCAUAUUACUUAAGAAAUAAUGCAUAAUGAUGAAAUUGUAUUUCUAUUUUAUGUCCCUUGUUUGGCAAAUCAAGAAAUACUUUGUAUAUAUUUUGUGCCAUGAUAUUAUUGAAAAUUAUCACUACAGCGCAUUUUAAUAUGUAUGUAUAUCCAACAAUUAUAUAUGAAAGUGUCAAGUUUGAAGUUAUAUUUUUUACGCAGACUAUGUUUAUGUAUGACCCUCGUAAACUUUGCUUGUCUGUAUAGCCUUAACCAUGCGCCUCUAAACAGGCUCUGUGUUUAUUGUUUGACCAAGUACUGGGCUUGUCUCUGUGGUUUCCUAUGUAUUAGUUCAAGGACAGUAUUCAGAUUAUAGAUUUGUUGCUGUAAUUUAUUACAUGUUAUUUUAUAUUCUAUAAAGGCCCCACAAUUAUCAUUGUGGAUGCUCUAUAUUAAUCAUCUUGUCAUGGCAUUCUGUAAGUUUCCAAUUGUUUUCUUAAUAACUUUAAAACCAAAGAAUCAGCUAAAAACUUCAAAAUGGUUCAUCACAGUAACACUUUUUUACCCUAGUAACAUAACUGUAAUGUGAAUAUCGAUAAGUGUAGAACCCGGUAUAAACAUAUUCAAAGUGAACAAGUGAAUUUACUUUUUUUAUACCCCCCCUUUAAAGAAGAGGGGUAUAUUGCUUUGUACAUGUCGGUAGGUCGGUCCGUCGGAAGAUUAAAGUUUGUCCGAGUGAUAACUCAACAAUUCCUUGACGUAAGGUCAUCAAACUUGACAUGAAGAUAGGGCCUGACCAGUAGAUGACCCCUAUUGAUUUUAGGGUGACCUUGAAUGAUAAAAGGUUGUCCGAUUGGUAAUUUUACAAUGCCUGCACCCAUGGCCCUUAAUCUUGAUUUGGAGCUUGGGUCUGACCAGUACAAGAUCCCUAUUGAUUUUGGGGUUCAUCGGGCCAAAGGUCAAGGACACAUUGACCUUGAAUGAUAAAAGGUUGUCCGAGUGAUAACUCGACAAUGCCAACACCCAUGGCCCUCAAACUUGACUUAGAGGUUCGGCCUGACCAGUUAAUGUUCCCUAUUUGUUUUGGGGGGCGUCGGACCAAAGGUCAAGGUUACAUUGACCUUGAAGGCAAAAUCGACAAUUCCUGGACCUAUGGUCAUCAAACUUGACAUGAAGGUUGGGCCUGACCAGUAGAUGACUCCUCUUGAUUUUGGGUUUUAUCAGGUCAAAAGUCAAUGUCACAGUGACCUUUAACACGAAAAAGUUAACAAAGCUUCUCCCAGUGAUAUCUCAACAAAGCCUGGACCUAUGAUCAUCAAACUUGAUUAGGGGGUUUGGCCUUUUAAUCUAAGAGGUCAUCGGAUCAAAGGUCAAGGUCACAGUGACCUUGAACGCAAAAAGCUUGUCUGUGUGAUGACUUGACACUGCCUGCACCCAUGGCCCUAAAACUUCACUUGGAUGUCCAUGCAUAUUUCAUUUAAUUGUCCAAAUAAUCCUGACAACAUGGCGCUUUGGGGGGAUAUAAUGUUUGACAAACAUCUCUUGUAUUAUAAGCUUUUGAGGAUUAGAUGAAAUAUAUCACAUUGUGAACUGGUGUGACUGGUUUGUUUUUGAAAUUGUUUAGUUGUAUAAAAAAAGUUAGAGCACUAUGUACUGAAAGAUGUGAAUGAAAAUUGAAACAACGAUUACGAGCAAUUAUAUAUUGAACUCAUGAACAUUUGAAGAACUACAACUCUGUGGCUUGUGAUACUAAUUGAGGUAGUGAUGCAAAAGAAUUUAUUUUUCAUCAGAGCUUGAAAAGUAUGAGAUGAAAGUGAAUCAUUAAUUUAUGGCAAUGUUGACUUGUUACAUUUUAAAAACCAUAACUCUGAGACCUGUUGUUUAUAAAUUGCUUCCCUGUACAAACAAAGUAUGUUUGAAAAUUAUUCAUAACUUAUGCCAGUGUUGACUGGACAUAUUUUAAGGACCAUACAUUUGUGACCAGUGGUUAAUGCUGUGUUUCUUGAAUAAUUAUGGAAUAUAAAAAUAAUAUUUGAGCAUAGCUUUUGGCAUGUAGUUUAAAGUGCUAGCUUGGUUUUCUAUUUUUGUUUAUGACUUGCAAUACAUGACUGUAUUUUGUUUGUUGUAGAUUGAUGUUAUACGGAGUGUUUUGUUAAUAAAAGGAAUACUAAAACAUU